CCACGCGCGUUUCUUGAGAUUAUUACGAGGCGAGGAUACGGGAACGAAUGAUCGUUAUCAAUGUGAACGCGUAGUACAGUGUGGCACAUGAAUCUCCUUUUUGUUUAAUGUUUCAUUUCUGGAGGAAUCUUAAAAAUGAUUUCAAUAAAAAUGAUUUUUUAUUAUGUGAUAUUGCUGUUCCUCGGCUGGCCACAAAUAAGAUGCUUAGAGGAUGCUGAUUUAAAAAGUGAAGAGAUCUUCGACCAACUCGCAACUGCCUCGGAGACCGUAGUACACGCUAUAAAACCGAAUAAAGAUUCAAAGGAUUUUGAAGAACAGCUCUCGAGCAUAUCGUCGUCAACGGUACACUAUGAAAAUUCUAACGGCUUUAUCCCUAUGGUACGAUCCGUCUCGCCAUCCGUCUUGUACGAACUCGACUCGUCACAGAUCAAUGACUACGAGCAGGAGAGAUCUAAAGAAAACAACGUGUCGAAUGCCGUAAGUGCUCAAGACAGUUACGAUUCAAGGGUGAAAAAAUUGGAAGAGGAUUUAGCAUACUCUUCCGAAGCAAGGAUCUUCUUGAGUCUACCUAAAGCAUUGACGAAUCGCAGGUCUUUCGAUUUGCAGGACGAUAGGCUAAAUGAAUUCGAGCUGCUGAAGGUGAACAACGACACCCCCGCGAUAGCUAAUUACCAGGAUUUUUACGAGAACGUGCACAGCAUAGCGAACAUCCAGACCAAUAGUGAGUUCGAUAAAUCUUCGAGGCGUCCAAACAGCGAGAGAGGGAAGAGAUUUGAGAACCACACUCAUAAUUACGAUUGGCAGUCGCAACAAAAUAAUGACGCGGAUAUCUAUGCUCAAUUCUAUUUGGACAAUAAUGCUCAAGAUGCAAAGAAAACUUUUUAUGGGCAGGAGAAAGUUGUUGAUAAUUAUCAGCAGCAGAAUACUGCAAACUACAAUGAACUGAGCGCGGCCAAGCAGAAUGCAGAAGCGACCCCAUCCUCAUCAAGGACGAAUUAUGAGGCCAACGAACUCGCGCAUAGCGGAACUUAUGGCAAUGCCGCCAAAUUGUCGAGAACACGCCAUAGGUUCAUGAAGCCGGUCGUCGUCGCCGAGCCGAGUAAUCAUAAAAUGGAGAUAAAGUUCAGCAGACAGCUGAAAGACAGCGAGUCUGAUAAUGAUGAGAAAACUUUGAAAAACUCAGAAUUUUCUAACUCACAGACUUACGAUACUUACAACAAUAACAAUAGGCAGCGUAGUUAUCAACGCACGGAAGACUCCGAAGAGGUCUCAGAUGAAAGCACGGAUUACUCCGAUUAUAUCGAACGGCUGAGAUUGAGAGCGCAAAAAAAUCGGAAACGUCCUGAUUCCGUCAGAAAACAACUCUCCAAAGAACAUCGAGAUACAUUGAACGAGAGCACGGAUGAGGGUAAAUACACGUACAACUCUUCAAAAUUAAAAUCGCAGCGGCAAAGAACGAAAACAAAUCCAUGGCUCAAUGAUCCCAGCACGAAUCACCAUGACGAGAGCGUCGAAGACAUUCGACACGAUUCCAGAGUUACUAGCACAAAAACAAAGAAAGUUCAUGGAUCGAAGAAUACCAACAUGUGGAGUCAGAUAUCUCCGAAUCUCGAAGUCUCUCAGUCCAAUGGGAUAGAGUUGAAUCAACUGGAGAAGCCGAAAUACAUUGUUAAUCUCGUGCCCGUAGCAAACUUCGAUCACGCAACCGCGUUAGGUGGUAGCCAGGGUUUCGACAUGUCCAACGCUAUGCUGCAGAAUCUUGCUACCGUCGCACCGAUUGGUGCAUUCAGCACGUCAACGCCUCUCUUGAGUACGCCUCAGUCUGUCCUUACUCAGAAUUUGGCUGUAUCAAAGAAUCUGGUCUCCACGCCAGUGCCCGAUAUCGUCGUUGGCCAGAACACUUUCCAAAAUCCUGUGCAGACGGUUUUGCUCUCACAUCCGAGCGGCCCAAAUAAAAUCGUAAAUACUCUGAGAGCGACCUACGUUCCGAGCACUAUGACACCUGUAUUCGCCCUCACGCCGAACUUGAACCCGGCGCUGCAGAGCUUGAAUAUUCACGGUAUGCAGGGCAAUGUAACACCACAAACGACCUUCACCGUGUUACCGCAGCCGACUAUUCAGACGUAUCCAAGUUUUCUACAGACGCCGCUGCAGGCAACUCAAAUCCAGGUGAAUUCCCGCGGACUGCAAGGUCAGAAUUUGAUAAAUCAUGGUAAUUUACAGGUACAGAGUGCGCCGGCAGUGUCCACUCUGUUGUCCAGCCAAACGAUGCCAGAGAGUAGAGCCAACUUGGAAAUGCAGAGCAAGAAGAAUGUGUAUCCUACUUCCGGCGGGAACUUUCUCGCUACCGCAAGCCUAGCCGUCGGCCAGAAUGGACAAAAGCAGGCGGCUAAUAUUAACUCAUAUUAUGUUCAGGGUCAGAAUACGCAGCUAAUUCCAACUCAACAGAAUUUACAGGAACUGCAAGCUCAAAUAAAUAAGCAACUAGUGAAGGGUGGUAGACUAUCCGGCAUUGUAUUGCAGGCCGCUGACAGUACGACUAGUCAUUCGAUUAAUAAUUUAAAUAUGCUAGGAGCAGCAGCGACAAACGCUCAUCUUCCGAAUGUAGGUGCGAAGACUGUAGAGAUCGUGAAUCCAAACAUUAAACCCAGUCCUCUCAAUGUGAAUGCUUAUCAAGCGAUGCACUAUCCGACUACUGUUUUGACGACACCCAUCCCAAUUUUUAGCACAAUCGCCUCAGCUACUCCGCAAACCAUUCUGCACAAUUACAUGAAUUCUCUGACAGAGUCUGGAGCCAAACCUAAGCAAGUGGAUCUCAAACUUGUGCAGUCUCAGCAACCAGUAUUUAAUCCCAUCAAUUUCGUCCCUAACGUUGACAUUAUCAAAAAUCAAAACGCUCUUAACAAUAAGUUGUCAACGAACGAACCCCUUCAGCCAGGUUUAAAUCUGGUGCCAGCCAUGCCCGGCGGGAACUUUUUUAAACCGCAUUCAGGCCAAACCGAGUUGAUCAUGAAGCCGAAGCUUACGUCGGACUUACAGAAUUACGCUGAGGAAAUGUUCAAAGAAUCUUUGAAGACGAUGUACAACUCGCAGAAAUGGAACAACGAUAGAAGACCGGAAAACAUUCCGGUUCAGAAUAAUUCCGAAGCGAGUGACUUAGCCAAACUAAAGCAUGAAUUGCAAAAGUUAAAAUCUUCCUUAACGGAGUCCAAGUACAGAGACAUUCUUGAAGCGCAUCAGAGUGAGAACAACAUACACACAAGUGACGUACCCAACUCUUCAGACGGUAAAAAAAAAUUGGAUCCUCUAUUGGAGACUUUGGAACAUUUGCUAAAGACACGACCCGCGGGACCAAUACACAUCUAUCAUGGCGCCGUUAAACCUGGUCGUAAACCUAAAUUAGAAGAUACAAACUUUGCUGCAAGUUCCAACUAUGAUUUCAAUGACGAUAGCUACUUGAAAUUUCUUACGCCACCCAGACCGGACGCAUUUCGUUCAAAAGUUCCCUUCCACGAUAAGCAGAUGAAGAAAAAACGACCUGGAUCGAGAUUUAAGAAUGGCCCAAGGAAAUGGAGGUCAAAUAAAGGAUCCAAUGGACUAGAAACAUCUGCUAGUAAUGUAGAAAUGUAUCUGGAUGGACCGCAUGCUUACGCACGUAAGCCGCCUAAAGAUUUCGAUACUGAAAACUUCGAUUACGAUUCUAGGCACCGGUCGUUUCUUGAUUCUUAUCCGACAUUCACCACGCCGACACCGGAAAGCCUCGGUAAAAUCUUAAGGGAAAUAAAAAGUAAUACAGAAUACGAUAUCAAUCACCCUAGAAUGCACAAUCUUCUUGGCAUGUUAAUGAAGAACAAACAGUUGCCAAAUAGAGGCGCGCAGAACUAUUUUCGCAACAAGAAUCAAUUAAGGCAAUUCUUCGAGAGAGACAGGCGUCGGUUACAGCAGCAGUUCUACGCUAAUACCUUCAGAGAUUAUAUAGACAAAUCUAAUAUCGCUUCGCAGCCUACUUUGGUUGCCAACGAGAAUGUCUAUUCGGCAAACGAUACCGCAGAAUGUCGUUCGCAACCAGUUAACAUCGAACUUUGGUUUCUACUCGUACCGAACUGUACGAGUAUCAUGUUGAUCGUAAACAUCAUUCUCUUUACUGCGAUAUGUUCCACCACAAAGAUCGUGACUUCGACUGGGGCUUCCGUCACGUCAGCAACGUCUACUAAAUCGAAACGCGUAGGUCUUACCCACAAUAACCCUAAUAAUCAAGAGCAAUCAAGAGGUACUCAAACUAUACCAAGAAUCCCGUCGCCUCAGGAUAUUAACUUGAGAUUAUCGCCUCAUUAUGGAAACGUCAAGGUAUCAGUUAUUCAGAAAGUGCCUAAUACCGGGACAAAUCACGAACCUGGUUCCCAUGCAUAUGGCAGCGUGCCAAAGCGGCCGCUUUCCUACGUUGCUCCAUCCAUCCACCAGACAGAAUCUCAUCGGAGCAAUUCGUUGACUCCGUAUUUUGAUAUGUUAAAUAAUCCCGAUGGUUAUAAAGCUGCAAGGAGCAUCGAGGAAGACGCGUCCAAAUCGAUCGUGUCGCAGUCACAUCAAAAACUGCAGGGCAUCUAUUCGCCUAGCUACAAUGCGUUCUAUCAGGAAAAACCAAUUGAACUAUCCAGCUUUUCCGAUUUCGAAUAUUCCCCGCUUGCCAAUAUUGGCAAGCUUAUUCCCCAAGGCGUUUCUUCUCUCACUGUCCAGGCGCCAGUGUAUAAAAUGAGUUAUCCACUGCCAAAAAUUACCGAUUACGCGCCUGUGUACGCACCGAGCAUUCCAACCGCGUCAAGCAUUACUCCGUCAUCGGACAAAAAAACCCAGAGCCCUAGGCAAAAAGAUGAAGCCAUUGUAGACAUGAACGGCAAAAAAAUCUCGGUCCCAAUCAUUCGACUUCAAAGCAAUUUAGAUCUCUCAGAAGUGCCCACUUUCGAAAGUCAACCGUUUUUACUAAGUUCGAACUAUCCAAUCGAAUCGGAUGUGGGAUUUAAAUUUGGAGCCGGGCCAAAAUCGAACUUAGCACUUCAAUCAAGUAACAUUUCACCGUUUUCAUCGCCUCUAUCGAGUUUCCAGGGUCAAGUUGUACCAAUUCAGACAGCCAAUGGUAGCCCGCAAUUUCCGCAGUACAAAGGCGCCAGUAUAGAAGCUUACCCUAUUACGAAUAACGUUCCUAAAGUGCAAGGCAAUUACGAAUCCCUUUAUAAUCAACCACAAUUGCACUUUGACAAGGAGCGUAAUGAUAAUGUGCAGACUGUUAAUGUGCGACAAAAUACCGCUCAUCCUCCUGUCGGAACGCAAGGCAUUCUGAAUGACGCUGAGAUUAUCAAUACGAAAAAUCCAGAGCCACAUACACCCCAACCUGAUGAUGACGACGAAACUAGAGAUGAUGAAAGAUAUCAAAAUUCGGAUAAGGAGUACGAUAGUUCCGAAGAGGACGAUGUUGAACGUCAACCAGGAAAACAUUUCAAAGCAUCACCAACGGAAAGUGACUUCAAACCUUCAACGUCUUACCCUUUCAAAGAGUACGACGAGAAAUUUGGAAAGCAUAGAACGUACUCUGAUGACGAUGAUUUUGAGGAUAAACCAUUUUCCAGCUAUAAGAAUUAUUCAUCAGACGACGACGAAGAAGAAGAAGAAGAUUCACCAUCAGAAUAUCAUAGUGAAUACACUGAAUCUUCAAAACCAUCGCAUGACUCGUUCGGAGAGGAGGAUGAGGAAGAAGAGGAGGAAGAAGAAAGCCGUAAACAGGAGAAACGCAAGGAAGCCAAUGAAGAUUCUUCCGAAGUGCAACCUUCAAGACGAUCCAAAUACUACCAAAAAGAUUUUGAGCAAGAAUUCGAAGAAUCUUAUAAAGAAGAGCUACCGAAAGAAGAAUAUGUGCACGUGAAAGAAGUGCCAGACAUAGAUAGUUAUAUUGAUUCUUCUAAACGGCAACAAAGAAAUAAAUCUCGCGUAAAGCAAGAACAAUCCAAAGAGUCGAAGAAUCAAGAAUCCCAUAAUUUCCGAAAAAAUCGUAAGGUACCAAAGACGGAUUAUAGAGACAGCACCGCUUAUGGUUCUGACAUAUCCACUAAAACGUCGCCCAAAGUGAUCUACCAGGAGUUUUUUGGAUACAAACAACCUAAAACUGAAAAAUAUUCUAAACACGCAAAAACUGAGAAGUUCUCAUUCACUAAGAAAUCACCGAAAAAAAAUGACUAUCUUCGUACUGCUAAGUAUUACAAAUUUAACAAUCCCAAGACUGAAAGCGAACACAACUCCGAAGACAAAGAUCCGUAUACGAAUUCUUCUGUGAAUGAUCAAAAAUUGAAGAAAAACUCAUCUAAGAAAACGAUUCCUAGAUCGAAUGUGAAACAAUUGUCAGAUUCUGGCGACGGAAUUUCUUUUUAUGAACCAAGUAUAUUGAGCGGCCGAGUGCGUUCUCCCACAAAUGCAGAAAUUUUUCGCGAUCUGACGGGAAUUUGAACAAUUAAGUAAAUAUUAAGUUAAGAAACAUAUUACGUGUGCAUAUUCUCAAAUUCCCUCGUAAAAUCUCGACAUCAUGUGUACGAAAAUUUGAAUU